AUGGGCACAAUCGCGGCAAAUAGCUUGCAGCUUUGUGCUGCUUCAAAGAAGUUAUGCACAGCAUUCGGUAUUCGAUUAGUGACCAAUCCCCAAAUCGUGAGACUUGCGAAAAAUGCAGGCUUCGACUCUCUCUUCAUCGACUUGGAAUAUUCAACUCUAUCUCUAGACCAGGCUAGUGCGCUUUGUUCUGCAGGACUUCAGAUUGGAAUUACACCGUUCGUUCGGGUUCCAUAUCAAUGCGGAGAAGGGUUGGUGCAGCGCGUCUUGGACGGAGGAGCCCUAGGGGCCAUAUUCCCCCAUAUACAUAACAAGACCGAUGCCCAGGCAGCUGUGUCAAUAUCCAAAUACCCGCCAAUGGGCAGACGAUCGAUGACUGGCCAGCUCCCUGCGUUUGGUUUAAAUGCCACCCCAAUUAGCAAAGUCAUAGAAGAGACGAACGCAACGGGAUCUUCGGUCGUGUUGAUGAUUGAAACAAGAGAAAGCAUCGAUAACAUCGAUGAGAUUGCGGCGGUUCCGGGAGUUGAGGUGCUGUUAGUUGGGUCUAAUGAUCUCUCCAUAGAGUUGGAAGUUGCUGGCCAAUUCAAGAGCCCCGAGUUCCGCGGAGCAUUGGAGGCCGUUAGCAAAGCUUGUAAGAAACAUGGCAGAGUGAUGGGGCUUGCUGGAAUAUACGAAACCCCGGAGCUGCAAAACUGGGCAAUCAAGGAGCUCGGCGUGGGCUAUAUAUUAGGCCAGCAGGACUCGGGACUGUUGGCUAGAUCGACGAAGGAGGUAGUGCACGACCUGGACACGAUCGCAGCGGGCAUGUAA